GACUGGUCCAUUUUAUUCAUGCUGUCACAUAGCUGAUUUAUUUGUGUGUGCCUUUACUGAUCCUGUUGACAAUGUAGGUUGUGCUGGAGCCAAUGUACAGUACUUCCCCCUUAAUUUCAAUAGUAAAUCAUUAACUGGUACCUGAACGUUACUGCAGUCUCUGUAGUAGGUGGAGAGCAGCACAGCAUUAGACCAACAGACGUCCUAAUAAUGUGUAGUCUGCUGACACUGCAUGCCUGUAAACAGCAGAGAUGAAGGAGCUAUGGAUUAUGGUUGUCUUUGCUACAGUCUCUUUUCCACAGGGGGAUCUCACCACAUCCUCUGCCAUUCCAACCACCAUUGACAUAACUACCCCAACUACUACUGCCCCUUUAAAGACUGAUUCUCCAGCUAGUGCCCCUCCAACUAAUGACAUUCCAACUACUGAUAUGCCAACUACUGACCUUCCAACUACUGCAACUACUGAAACUCUAACUACUGACACUCCAACUACCGACAGUCCAACUACCAACAGCCCAACUACCGACACGCCAACUACUGAUAAUCUAACUACUGACACUCCAACUACCGACAGUCCAACUACCGACACGCCAACUAUUGAUAAUCUAACUACUGACACUCCAACUACCGACAGUCCAACUACCGACACGCCAACUACUGAUAAUCGAACUACCGACACUCCAACUACCGACACUCAAACUGACAGUCCAACAACCGACACUCAAACCGACAGUCUAACUAUUGACACUCCAACUACUGACACUCCAACUACCGACACUCCAACUACUGAAUACACUGGAGCUACUACUGGUCAUCCAACUACUGGUUACCUAACUACUACUGAUCCUCCAGCUACUGGUUACAUAAAUACUAUUGGUCUUCCAACUACUGGUUACCCUACCUCUAUCCCUAUCACCAGUAUCAGUCUCCCCACCACCUUUACCAACACCACCACCACUACCUUUUCCACAACCUCUACCAACACCUCUACCAACACCGUUCCUACUAUCUCUAACACCACCACCACCACAUCUCCUACCAUCUCUAACACCACCACCACUUCUCCUACCAUCUCUAACACCACCACCACGUCUCCUACCAUCUCUAACACCACCACCACGUCUCCUACCAUCUCUAACAUCACCACCACGUCUCCUACCAUCUCUAACAUCACCACCACGUCUCCUACCAUCUCUAACAUCACCACCACGUCUCCUACCAUCUCUAACACCACCACCACGUCUCCUACCAUCUAUAACACCCCCACCACAUCUCCUACCAUCUCUAACAUCACCACCACGUCUCCUACCAUCUCUACCACCACGUCUACCACCACCACCUCCACCUCUACCACCACCACCACCUCUCCUACCACCUCUACCACUACCACCAUCUCCACCACCACCUCUACCACCACAAUCCCUCCUCUGGACUGUAUCAACGGUGGUGAGCUGCAGAGUGGAGACUGUAUCUGUCCUGAUGAGUGGACUGGAGAGACCUGUUCAGAGGGGAAUUUCUGCAAUUCCACCAUCAUUGGUGAUUUUUUCUUCCCAAGAACAACGGUUGGCUGGUCUGCUUAUUCAGAAGAGUUAUGUGAUGAGAAGACAACCAGUGCUGGUUUAUCAAAAGCCUCAGCAAGAUGUUUGAAUGACACUGGAUCUCCGAUGUUUGGACCUCCUCACGAGCUGCAGUGCGAAUUAACCCUCAGUGACAUUCAAGGAAAUAUCUCCAGCAGUCCAGGUGAUUUACUAAAGUUAGCCUUCAGUACUCAGAUCCUGACCUCCCAACCAGAGCAGCUGUCAGCUGACAACAUCACCACAGCAGCUCAGAUAGCUAACACACUGCUUCAGUCUGCAAAUAUCACAGAGGACAUCGCAGUGGCAGCUGUAACUACCAUCAGUCAGCUGCUGAAUGCCAGUGAGGAGAGUACACAGGAGAGAGACGCUGUCCAGAGCCUCACAGAGACCCUGGAGAAGUUUUCCCUGGACCAGCACAGUAAUGUGUCGUUGGUGGUUCAGCCCAACCUGGUAGUCCAGUCUGUCCAAGUACUAAGUGACUCAGUAGGGAUCCAGUUUACUGCUCUGACUGGAAGAUCUGGUAAUUUUGUGGCCAACAGAAUUCAUCUCAACACCAACACCUCUGAACUGAUAGCUGACAAAGGAGGUGCGACCGAUGUCCAGAUUGUCAUAAAAUUCCCACCAGUUUUACAUAGUAAAAACACAAACUACUCCAUUGGUUUUGUGCUCUACCAAAACGACCGGUUCUUCAGGUCCAGGGCUUUCAGAGCUUCUUCAGGGACCAGCAGAAGGGUCAUCUCUGCUAACCUGGGACAAGUGUCUGGGUUACAUGUUGAGAUGCUCUUCAAGCCCACAGCUGUCCACAACGCCUCCCUCUAUGACUUUGCCUGCGUGUCAUGGAACUACACGUUGAAAGACUGGAGCACCUAUGGCUGCUCCAAAGUCAACCACUCAGAAGACGGCCUGCGAUGUUUCUGUAAUCACACCACUAACUUCGCUGUGCUGAUGUUGCAUUCGGAGUCUGCACCUUUGGGACGGGGGUACUGUCACGUCCUGACAAUGUCGUUCAGGAGGGAUUUUAAAUACGCUGAAGUGCUAAACUGGAUCACCAUAUUGGGAUGCUCCAUGUCCAUCAUAGGGUUGAGUUUAACAAUAACGUUCCAGAUCGUGACCAGGAAAUCACGCAAAACCAACCCAACGGUCCUCUUAGUGAGCGUCUGCGUGUGUCUCCUGAUCUUCACCCUGCUCUUCAUGUUGGGAGUGGACAACCCUCAUAAACAGCUGGACAGACCUGAAAUACAGAAGGACAACAUUCUCCCCCCGUCCGACACACAAACAGAGCGGGACAGAGGGCCCUGUACUGCAGUGGCGGUCCUGCUGCAGUACUCCCUGUUGGGGACGUUCACCUGGAACACGCUGUACGCCACACAUGUCUUCCUGAUGAUCAGAAACAGCCUGGCCACCAGCCCGUCAGACUUCACAGCCUAUACCGUGGCCAUCGGAUGGGGACUGCCUGCGGUUGUGGUGGCUCUCACCUUAGGAAUUAGUUACAGAGUGGAUGAUCCACUGGGUUACAGGCAGGAGGAAUUUUGCUGGCUUGCUGCCCUCGAUCCAAAGGGGAACUUUGACUUCAAGCUGCCAAUGUUUUGGGGGUUUCUGAUCCCUGUGGCGUUCAUGCUUAUCUUCAACACGGUGAUGUUGAUAUAUUUUGCAGUUACAACAUGCAAGACCAACCCACAUUUAACUAGUACAAGACACACAUCGAUGAAGAAGAAGUUCCUCAGUAGCUUCUCUCUGGCUGUGGUGCUCGGUCUCUCCUGGAUCCUGGGCUAUCUGUUGCUCAUUACACAGAAUCAGACCAUGGACACCAUACUGAACAUCUCCUUCUGUGUACUCACCACCACUCAGGGCUUGCAGAUUUUCAUUCUGUUCACAGCAAAAACAUCAAUUGUCAAGAAAAUGAUGGCAGAUGCUUUGAAAUCUGUCUCUAGUGUUGAUAUCCCACUUCACACCGGGAGGUUCAGUCUAUGGCGAGGAAAGAGCAGAGAAAAGGUGGAAUCAUACACACAGCUGGACACUGAUCUGUCAACACAUUAACCCUUUAACUGCCACAUCAUUUUCUUCCUUCUGAAAAAUAUGUGUAUUUAACCUUAAUAGGUCAUAAAUCAUUUGUAUUUGAUUGCUAACAUCUCAACCAGCCUGUUCAGUUGCCCAAUUAGGUUAAACUAAUUUUGUAUUCGAUUUUACAUAUGCUUUUUAAAUCAUCUGAAAAAUGGUACAUUAAUUAAAGUCAUGUCUGCUUCAGUUACUUAUAAUGGAAGACAGGCCAAGAUAAAUGAUGACUGAUAUCAAAUAUGAAUACAAUAUGAUAUAUUUGUGUGUCAAUAAAUGAGUAUUCAAAUAUA